AUGGCUACGAGGUCACAUUUCCCGGACCUUGAACUCCCGCAAUGCAACAUUCUAGAAUACCUCUUUCCAGCAGGUAGUUCAGAAGAUGGAGAGCCAAUAUGGAUAAAUUCGGAAAAUCCAGCGCAUAGUUUAUCUCCUAAGAGCUUACUUCAACACGUUAAAUCAACUGCGGCUGGAUUUCAGAAGUUGGGAAUCAAAUCUGGAGACGUUGUGAGCGUUUUCACACCUAAUCACGUCUUCGUCCCCGUCGUCUAUCUUGCGACGGUCGCCUCUGGAGCUAUUUUUACUGGCUUCAACCCCGCCUAUACUGUCUCAGAGCUGGUCCACCUAAUCAAGGACUCGGAAAUGAAAGUAAUGUUUGUGCAUCACACACUUGUUACCGUCGCUCUUGAAGCCGCUCGUGAGGUCGGUUUUGACAAAGCUUCCGUAAUUCUUUUUCCGGACACAGAGUCUGUUGGUACUCAGGGCGACUUGAUUCACUGGAAAAACUACUUUGACUACUCUGAAGAAGCUGCAGCUUGGAAAUGGCAUAGUUACACACCUGCUCAAGCCGCGACAACUGUUGCCACGAUCAACUAUUCUUCUGGAACAACUGGGCUGCCGAAGGGCGUGAUGGUCUCUCACAGCAGUAUAAUUGCGAACUUGGAGCAAACCAUGUUUAUUCGGUACCAUUUGACCCCUACUGCACGAUCGCAGGAACGAUGGGUCGGGUUUUUGCCGCUUUACCACGCCUAUGGUCAGUUGUACACGAUCCUUAUGGCAUGCAAGCUACGAAUACAAGUCUACAUCAUGGAGAGUUUCCAUUUCGAGAAGUUCUUAUCUGUUAUCCAGAAAUUUGGGAUUACUAACCUGCAGAUUGCACCCCCAAUUCUGAUAAUGUUGGACAAGCGGGCAGAGACUAAAAUGUACGAUUUGAGUUCCCUGAGGGAGGUCGUCUGUGGUGCCGCACCUAUUCCACUUGAUUUGCAGGUCAGAGUGGCGAAGCGCUUCAAUCUCAAAUUCACUAUAGGCUGGGGAAUGACCGAACUUGUAUGCACCGGCACCUCGAUACCUGGAGGGAUGAUCGAAACAACAGGUAGCGUAGGCUUCCAGCUUCCCAACACUAUGGUGAAACUCGUCGACGAUGAUGAUAUGGUGGUUAACACAGGAGAGAGGGGAGAGAUUCUUUACAGAGGUCCAAACGUAUGCCUUGGGUAUUGGAAAAACACGGCUGCUAGUGAAGAAUUACUCGGGACUGACGGGUGGUUACGGACUGGUGAUAUCGCUAUCAGAAACGAGAAAGGGCUUUACUGGAUUGUGGACAGGAAAAAGGAGCUCAUCAAAGUUAAUGGAUUACAAGUGGCACCUGCAGAGCUCGAGGGAAGGCUCCUAGAAAACGAGCAUGUGGCGGAUGCGGCGGUUGUUGGGAUCACAAGGCAAGGAAACGAGUACCCCCGCGCGUACAUAGUACUCAAACCGUCGUCUCAAGCAAUUGUAACUGGAGCCAUGCUUAUUGAGUCAUUCAACAGCACGGUCGCGAAGCAUAAACAUUUGCGUGGGGGGAUUGCAUUCGUAGAUCAGAUCCCGAAGCUCGCGAGUGGCAAAAUCCAGAGAAAGGUUCUACGUGAAUGGGCUAAGAGAGACACACCUAGCAUCACCGCUGGUUCUUUUCUUCAUGGAAGACUUUGA